GAGUUUUCUUUGCUAAAUUAUUGAUGUGCAAGUUUGGUGCCUUUUGAUUCUUGAAAUAUCAGUAAAAUACUUUUAGCAGAUAAGAUCUCCCCAGAAAAUAAUCUGGUUAAAAUAAAAAAAAAAAUCAUCAAAGUUCCCCAGAGCCUUUAACACUCAGAAAGGUGGUUAUUUAUACCAUGUGACCUUCCACUGAAUGACAAGACAUCUCAGCCGAACAGCUGUUCUACGGUGAGCAGGCACCGAUCUCUAUGCUUUCUAUUUAUGUCUCACUUCAGGAGUCACUAUUUUCUCCCUCGUGACGACAGGCUGCUGCCGCUCGCUUCCCUCCUCCUUCCCCAAACAACUCCCAUGGCUAGGUUCUAAUGGUUGACAUGCUUCUUGAUUCCCUUAUCGCUACUGUCUGUAUGAUCAUAUCCAACCUCAUACAUGCUUUGUGGAUAAUAAUAGACUCCGAGGAAGUCUUGGGAGGACAGAGUGACUUUCUGCAGGAUUGCAUGGAGGAAUUGAGCCCCAGACAACUGGCAGUCAAACAGCUAAAGGAGAAGUUCCUGAAGGCCCUGCAGGAAAACAAUGCUGAGGAAGUCCUGCAGAUUCUGAACACUGGCAAGCUUGAUAUUGACACAGUGCUGGAGGUGGAAGAUCCCAGUAUGUUAUUGGCCUCUUAUAAACAGGGAUACUGGUUGCCAGGCUACAAGCUGGAGAAAUCCUGGGCGAUGGGUAUCCACGUGUGUGUGAUGUACAACGUCGUGGAAACAGCGCUGGUGCUCCUCCAGAAAGGUGCGGCCAUCAACAGUAUGCCCAAUGGGAAGACGCCCCUGCAUGUGGCCUGCGAGGUCUCCAACAGCGACUGUGUGGCCCUGCUCUUGGCUUACGGGGCAAAGGUCAACAGCCUGUCUCUGAGCGGUCACACUCCUUUGCACUACUGCAUCACCAGGGAGUCUGUGGAGUGUGCCAGGCAGCUCAUCCUCAAAGGUGCAAAGGUCAACACAGCCAGCCACAACAACGAGGAGGACACACCUUUGCACACAGCCGCCAGAUUUGGGGUUCCAGAGCUGGUGGCGUUGCUUCUGACCCACAGGGCCUCCGUGAACACCCUCAACGCUCUCCAGGAGACCCCCUUAAUGACUGCAGCCUUUUGGGCUUUGGACUCCAAGGAGCAAGUCUACAGCCAAGAUCAUCAUUUCGUUUGUCGCCUUCUGCUGGACCACCAAGCGGAUCCCAACCUGAAGGAAGGGGAUAAUAAAACAGCUCUCCACAUGGCAGCCUGGAACUGCGAUCACGUCCUGAUGCAGAUGCUGCUGGAGGCCGGAGCGGAUGUUCGAGCCAUGGACAUCAAUGGAUGUGCUCCCAUUCAAUACGUCCUCAAAGUGACAGGAGUCAGGCCUAUGGCCAUUCCUGAGGUCUGCUUUCAGCUUCUGCUGAACUAUAACGCAGCUCGGAUCUAUCCUCCGCAGUUCCACAAGGUACUGCAGUCCUGCUAUGACUACCCCCAAGUUGUGGAAAUUCUGGUGAACUCCUAUGAACAUUUAAAACCUACAAGAAAGUGGAGAGGAGCUAUUCCCGACGACUGCUAUGAGCGACAUAAAGGCUUCUAUGACUCGAUGUUUGCUGUUUGCACCAACACGCCACGCAGCCUGCUUCAUCUCACCAGAUGUGCCGUCAGAGCCAGUCUGAGAGGGUUUUGUCAGCAAGGAGUUGAUCAAUUACCUCUGCCAUCGACUAUGAAAAAAUAUUUAUUGUUAGAACCUGAGGGCAUACUUUACUGAUGAAGUGACUUUUUAUAAUAUUUAGCUAUGUUGCUGGGACAAUGAUUUUAGUGAAAGAAGGUUUAAAUCAGAUAAUGUUUCUGUCUGUAUUUAUAGAUGUAAUGACCAAUGAGGAAAUCAAUCCCCGUUCUUCCAUUCUUUCACCUCCCUGCUUUAAAGGGCCUGUUUUAGUUUUGUCUGUACUCAUUUUCAGUUAUUUCGUUUCCACACUUAUUUCUCAGCAAUGUUGACCAAUGUGGCUUCAGGCUGAAAGUGCUGCAACACGCUGAAGAGGAUCCAGCGCUACCUAGCAACUGGCUAGGCCCAAUGCUCACUCUCAAACUCAUGAUAUUCUUAUUUCAGAACAACACUCUUGACUGAUCACUUCACAAUAAGUGUUUGUUUUUCCACCGGGCUGCAUGCAGCCAGGGACCCAGGCCUGUUUUUGUUCCCAGCUUUCUCACCAACAAAAAGUUUGUCUGUUCAACCUCCCUCUUCAAGACAUGUUCCAGUUACCUACACCUAAAAUUGUUCCAUGUUAGACAUAUUUUAAUAUCAGAUAAAGAUAAGGCAAGUAAACACAAUGAUGAUUUUGUUGAUUAAAGAAAAAAAAACUA